AUGCUAGGCUUAAUUAAUGGAUAUAAAGAUAAUAUUGAUAAUUUAUCACUAAUGUGUAAAGCAGGCUAUGAAAAUUUUGAAGGUUUGGCAGACAUAGAGGAAAUUCUAAUCCCUCAAAGAUACUCAGAUGUAAGCACUUCAGAGAGCGUAGACUCUGAAGAUGGUCUUUUAGCAAAAGAGUCCUUCUGAACUUAACUUAAAUUACAGAUGGGACUAGCAGUAUUGGUUACGCAGCCGCCAUGGGGCAUUAAUACAGAGAGUUCGUCCGCUUUGCGACAUUUCUUUUCGGAUACUUAAUUGGUUGAGAUAGCUCAGCCAGCAAGAAAGCAUUGACACCAUCUUGCUUCUUCUCCAGCCCUGAUGUUAUGGUAUCCCUAGAUUAUGUGCUGAGAAGUCUCUUCCUUGCCUUGAAGGCUCCAAUGCUGAGUUAGAAGACUAUGGACUUCUAUAGCCUUUCAUCAGCCUAUAUGGUGAGCAGCAUGCCUUGGCCAUAAGGUUGAGGAAAAAGCAUCAAGAGGUCGAGUGCAGCUAGUUCGCCAUUUUUAUGAUAUGAAUCCUCCUGAUCAGAAGGGCAUUUCGAAGAAUGACAUUUCGACCUUUUGACUAAGAACGGUCCUAUUAUUGUCGAUUCGCGCUUUUUCACGCCAAUGUCUGGAAAAAGCGAACAACAAUACAAAAUAUUAAAUGAAAAAGUCCAUAAGCUUCUAGAAGUUUUAGAUGAUACAAUGGACUCAGUAAAUAUAAGAGAUGAGUGCUCUCUUAAGCCUGCAGUAAUCAAGCUGGAUGGGCCAAAAUUUUCACUCUUACAAAAAAGGCGGACUUUAUUAUUGCCUCCUAAAAGUGAGAUUUAG